UGCAAAUGGCCAGCAAUACCUGGAAAGUGCCCGUGUUUAUAUGAGGAGAGACUCCUCCAUUCUGAUUAAGUGCUGCCUCUGCAAUGCGGACACUUUUCCCGGUGCUAGGUGGAAUGAUUUUUUGAGACACCUGGUUGAAGACCAUGAAGAACUCCGCCAGUUCAACGGAGAUGAUAAUGAGAUUCAGGACGAGGUCCGGGCGGAGUUGUGCAACCUGCAGGAGGCGGGUGUUGCUCAAGAAUCUCAGUUGCCAGUAGAGCAGGAGCCAGAAUUAUUUACGAACGUGGAGUACCUUGAGGAGGAGGUGGAAUCCGGAGAUACUCCUGUGCUCAUCGAGGAAGAACAGGAUGAGGAAGAGUCUGGAAAGGUAACGCUCUUAGUCCCUAACAAAAACACCUUUUUUUAAUUUAACCUUCCUCAGGACUACAUCCUCAAUAAACCAAACAAGCCCUUCUACAGUCUGCAGCGCACCAGACCCGGAAUCAUCCAGUAUUUCAUAGAACUCUUGCGCCAGCACGAGCAUCUGUGGAGCAGCCACCGUGGGAUCAAAAGAAAGGAUCGCUUGGAGAGCUCUCAGAAGGUGGCACAGGCACUGUCCCAUCGGUUCCGGUGCCGCUUGGAACCGCAGGUGGUGAGUGCCAGUGCCCGUUUCCUGCAAGUCUGGUUCGAACGGCAGUACGUGAUGCAAUUGAGCAACUCCGGCUUCCGGUGCCGCUACCCAAACUACUUCCGCAGCCUCCUGAGAUUCAUGCCCACGAGCCACAUCUCGGUGACCAUUUGCGAGGAGUGCGACCGGCGUUGCCUCAACGAGCGCCAGUUGAGGCUGCACAAGUUCCGCGUGCACGGCGGACCCAAUCCGAAUACCUGCCAUGUGUGCCACCAGGGCUUCUCGCUCGCCUGCAAGCUGCAGCAGCACAAGGAGCGGUACCACUUCAAGCCGCUGGAAUGGCAGUGCGGCAGCUGCGACUACAACGCCCCCUCCAAGUGGGACUUUCAGCAGCACCAGGCCAUGCACGCCGGGCAGAGGAACUACACCUGCGAGGUGUGCGGGCACAGCUGCAAGACCAGCUCCGCCUUGGCAGUCCACCGGCGCAGGCACGACCAGCCGAGAUUGCAGUGUCCCCACUGCAGCCGGCAAUUCAGAGAGAACUACAUCUUAAAGUGCCAUAUUCGGAAAUUCCACGAGGGCGAUAGUGGGCGGAAGUUCUCCUGCGACACUUGCUUGCGGAGAUUCAAGACGAAGGAGAUGCUGGAGGUGCAUGAGCUGGUUCACUCACAGAGGUUAGAAGCAGAAGCCCUUUAGUUAGGUACUUUUUAGAGUAUUUUUAAUGUAUUAUUUUACA